AUGGCUCUUCCACCAAAAUGGUAUCAGUUCCUCGUUGCAGUGUUUGCUUCAUUGGGUUCCCUGCUUUACGGUUACGAUCUUGGUGUUAUUGCUGAGGUUAUUGCUUCUGGUAACUUUAAGAGCAAGUUCGGCGAUGAUCCCAAUGCUACAGGCGCGGUAGUCUCGGUAUUCACAGGCGGUGCCUUCUUUGGCGCCAUGUUCGCUGGCUACGCUGGUGAUCAUCUUGGACGAAAAUGGACCAUCAUGAUCGGUGCUCUCAUCUUUAUUCUUGGUGGAAGUCUUCAGACUGCUGCUGAUCAUAUCAACUAUCUUUACUCCGGUCGUUGUCUCGCAGGUCUUGGCGUCGGUUUCCUCGUCAUGAUCGUCCCAGUCUACCAAGGAGAACUCUGCCACCCCGACAUCCGCGGCCGUGUAACAGCCCUUCAGCAGUUCAUGCUCGGAGUAGGUGCUCUCGUCGCUACAGCGAUCGGCUACGGCACCUACACGGGCCUCGGCGACGACAACUCAGGCCAAUGGCGUAUUCCUCUGGGCAUCCAGAACGUCCCCGCUGUGAUCCUUGCUGCACUUAUUCUCUUCUUCCCCGAAUCACCACGUUGGUUGAUCGACCACGGCCGUCAAGAGGAAGGUCUUCAGACACUGGCUAAGCUCCACGCUCACGGUGACGUGAAUGAUGCGUGGGUUCGAGCUGAGUAUGACCAGAUCUUGGAGAGAUUGGCCAUGGAGCACGAAGCUUCUGCCAAGAGCUACAGUGAGCUCUUCACAGAUAAAUCUUGCUUCAGACGUCUUUGGCUUGCCAUUAGUGUGCAGGUUGCUGCCCAGAUGACCGGCGUGAGCGCUAUUCAGUACUACUCUGUCGCCAUCUACGCCAAAAUCGGUAUUCAAGGCGACGAGACGCUUCGCUAUCAGAUGAUUUCUUCCGUCAUCGCUCUCGUGGCACAGUUCAUCUGUAUGCUCGUCAUCGACAGAACAGGACGACGCUGGCCUUUGAUCGGCGGCAACAUCCUUAACUGUAUCACCUUUAUCAUCGCGACUGUUCUUCUCGCCAGUUUCCCUCCCGGUUCUGAGAAUGGUGGCGGUUCUGCUGGUUGGGGCUUCAUUGUCGUCACGUGGAUCUACAACUUUUCUUUCAGCGCUACAUGUGGUCCUUUGUCAUGGAUCAUUCCUGCUGAGAUCUUUGAUAUGAAGACUCGUGCCAAGGGUGUGUCGCUUGCUACUAUGAUGUCGUUUGCUUUCAACACUAUGAUUGGGCAGACUACAUCUGUAGCUCUUGAUGACGAGACUGGUAUUGGCUGGAGAUGGUACAUCCUCUUUAUUGUCUGCAACUUUACCAAUGCUCUUUACUUCUGGGCUAUCCUUCCCGAGACUGCUAACCGUCCUCUUGAGGAGAUGCGAUAUCUCUUCACUGAGGCGCCCUUGUUUGUUCCUCUUAUGGACACUUCCAAGUUUGCGGCUGGACAGGACCUUGAGCGUCGUGUUGAGAAGGCGGAGGUCAGGGAGGAGCUUGAACAUCGUGAUUAG